AACAACAAGCGGUGACAAACUCUGCGAACUUUUUGUUUACUGCACGAGCGAAUUUUCUUGGUGUCUUUUUGGUCGUCGCGAGAGGGUCCAGGGAGAAAGCCCCCAGGGCUCGCCGAGGUGCCGCCAUGGGAAACCGGGGGAUGGAAGACCUAAUUCCCCUCAUCAACAAGCUCCAGGACGCCUUCAGUUCCAUCGGCCAGAGCUGCAACCUGGACCUGCCUCAGAUAGCGGUGGUCGGCGGUCAAAGCGCCGGGAAGAGCUCGGUGUUGGAGAAUUUCGUCGGGAGGGACUUUUUGCCUCGAGGAUCCGGCAUCGUGACCCGUCGUCCGCUCAUUCUACAGCUGGUUAACAGUAAAGCAGAAUAUGCAGAGUUCUUGCACUGUAAGGGACGCAAGUUUGUGGACUUUGAUGAGGUCCGUAUGGAGAUUGAAGCAGAGACUGACAGGCUCACCGGAUCCAACAAGGGCAUCUCUCCCAUCCCAAUCAACCUUCGUGUUUACUCUCCUAAUGUGCUGAACCUGACCCUGAUCGACCUGCCGGGGAUGACCAAAGUGGCUGUAGGCGACCAGCCUCCAGACAUUGAGCAUCAGAUCAGAGACAUGCUGCUGCAGUUCAUCACUAAAGAGAGCUGCCUGAUCCUGGCCGUAACCCCGGGCAACACAGACCUGGCCAACUCUGAUGCUCUCAAGAUAGCCAAGGAGGUGGACCCCCAGGGGCUGCGUACUAUUGGUGUGAUCACUAAGUUGGACCUAAUGGAUGAGGGGACAGAUGCUCGAGACAUCCUGGAGAACAAACUACUGCCUCUGCGCAGAGGUUACAUUGGAGUGGUGAACCGCAGUCAAAAGGACAUUGAUGGAAAGAAGGACAUCUGUGCUGCUUUGGCUGCAGAGAGAAAGUUCUUCCUGUCCCAUCCUGCGUACAGACACUUGGCAGAGCGUAUGGGAACUCCACACCUGCAGAAAUCCCUCAAUCAGCAACUCACCAAUCACAUCCGCGACACGUUGCCAGGGUUACGCAGCAAGCUGCAAAGUCAGCUGUUGUCGCUGGAAAAGGAAGUAGAGGAGUACAAGAACUUUCGUCCCGAUGACCCUACACGCAAAACCAAGGCCCUGCUUCAGAUGGUGCAGCAGUUUGGCGUGGACUUUGAGAAGUGCAUCGAAGGGUCUGGAGAUCAGGUGGAUACCUCCAACCUGUCUGGUGGAGCCAAAAUCAACCGGAUCUUUCACGAACGUUUUCCCUUCGAGCUGGUGAAGAUGGAGUUUGAUGAGAAGGAGCUGCGAAAAGAAAUCAGUUAUGCCAUCAAGAACAUCCACGGAGUCAGGACAGGCCUGUUCACUCCUGACUUGGCGUUUGAAGCCAUAGUGAAAAAGCAGAUCAUUAAGCUGAAAGAGCCGUGUCUGAAAUGCAUCGACCUGGUCAUCCAGGAGCUCAUCAACACAGUCAGACAGGGCACUAAUAAGCUGGACUCGUACCCGCGACUGAGAGAAGAGACGGAGAGGAUUGUCACCACCCACAUCAGAGAAAGAGACAGCAAGACUAAAGAUCAGGUGCUGCUGUUGAUCGACAUCGAGCUUUCCUACAUCAACACUAACCACGAGGACUUCAUUGGGUUUGCCAAUGCUCAGCAAAGAACCGCUGCCAACGCCACCAAGAAAAGAGUCAUGCCCAACCAGGUCAUCCGCAGAGGCUGGCUCACCAUCAACAUCAGCAUCAUGAAGGGAGGAUCCAAGGAUUACUGGUUUGUCCUGACGGCCGAGGCGCUCUCCUGGUACAAAGACGAGGAGGAAAAAGAGAAGAAGUACAUGCUGCCUCUUGACAACUUGAAGCUGAGAGAUGUGGAAAAAGGUUUUAUGUCCAGCAAACACGUCUUCGCCAUCUUCAACACAGAACAGAGGAACGUGUAUAAAGACCUGCGUCAGAUUGAACUGGCCUGUGACACUCAGGAGGACGUCGACAGCUGGAAGGCCUCCUUCCUCAGGGCCGGCGUCUACCCAGAGAAAGACCAGCCUGAAAACGAGGAUGCAAUAAAUUCUGGUGACACGGUGUCCAUGGAUCCACAGCUGGAGCGGCAGGUGGAGACCAUCCGGAACCUAGUGGACUCGUACAUCGGCAUCGUCAACAAGUCCAUCAGGGACUUGAUGCCCAAGACCAUCAUGCACCUCAUGAUUAACAAUACGAAGGACUUCAUCCACUCGGAGCUGCUGGCCUACCUGUACUCAGCCGGAGACCAGGGCAGUUUGAUGGAGGAGUCGGCGGAGCAGGCUCAGAGGAGAGACGAGAUGCUGAGGAUGUACCACGCUCUGAAGGAGGCGCUCGUCAUCAUCGGAGACAUCAGCACCACCACCAUUUCUACCCCCGUACCCCCACCUGUAGACGACACCUGGAUCGCCAAAGAUGUGAGCCCUCCCUCAGCGGCUCGUCCGGCCACAUCCACGGCAGCCCCUCCCAACAGACCCCCUGCAGUGAGGGGACCCACCCCCGGUCCACCUCCACCUCUCAACCCCUCUCCAGCAUUCGGAGCUCCACCCGUUCCCUCUCGGCCUGGCCCUCCGUCAGCCUACGCAGGCGAUGCCAACUCCUCAGUGCCGCUUGUUCCAUCCAGGCCAGCUCGCGUGCCUCCUUCUCUGCCGCCAGGAAUUCCCAGCAGAAGACCCCCGGCUGCACCCAACAGACCCACCGUCGUUCGUCCUUCGGAGCCCUCGCUGCUCGACUAG